AUGUCCCACGGAACCAAAAAGUAUUUCAACAAAACUUGUCGUUGCGCGUGCAAAUGGAAGUGUAAUUGUUUAAUUCCACGGACGAAAAAAGCUUAUCCGGCUUUUGGUAGCACCGCAGAACGAGAUGUGAAAAUAGGAUUGCAUCCAAAAAUGUAUAAAGGUUUAACAAUAUCACCAGCAGUAGGAUUGUACCAUCCUAAAUUUCCUUUUAAAUGCAAACAUCCAAGUAUAAGUUGGAAGAGACAGAUGGAAACGAAAGAAUUCUCAUUGACCAUGGGAGGAAGAUACGAGGGAAAAUUGAAGGCGCAAAGGGAGCAAUUGAAAAUGGGUCGUGGUCCAGGAACCCACGAGAUCCUUCAAUGGCCCGACGACGUGCUGCAAAAACCUUGCAAGACAACGAAAAGAAACGUUGGAUUUGGCGGAAUUGUUCCUCUUUUCCAACCUUCUUGGCCGUCCGUUACUCCAGGACCAGGAUACUCAAAGUAUUAUCCUUAUUAUUACAUCGACAAGAGAGAACGCGAGGGUCUCUCCUGCGUUCCAACGUUCGAGUACGAUGGUUUGCAACCAAGAUCCAAGAUCGAAGUUAAACCUUGGUCACUGCCCUGCAUCUUAUACAACGUGAAGGAUUCGAGGACGAUGGACGCUUUUUUAAACAAAGUCGUUGGAAAGAGGGGUCCCUACGAUUUGUUCACAGGGCCAAGAGACGACACCACGAUCAAAAAUUACUUCGCAAAACCGAAAAUAAAAUUCGACAACUGGCCCAAAUCGAUCCCAUGCGAAAUGGACAAAUUAAAAAAGAAAUCGAAUUAUUACAAGGGACGUUGGGGCACUUGUCCAAGAUUUCUAAAGGCAUCGGGCAUAAGGAUGAUGUUGAAGGAUAUAUCGUUGUGUUACAAGGAUCCAAAGGAGCCGGGGCCCGGCUAUUACGAUCCAAAAUCUCCGAGGAAGCCAAAGAACAUGAAGAAUUAUCCGUUCAACAUGAACACCGAAUUCAUCAGACCGCCCCCGUCGACGGAAAUUCGACCUGGACCAGGAAGAUACACGAUCGAGAAGAAGAGAAUUAUAGAGGGACACGGAUGGACGUACAUCUUCAAGAGCAAAGCUCCGCGAACCAAAUUUAUUUACAUCCCCUCGUACAGUUACUUCUAA